AGACGACGUAAUCUGAUAUUCCCGUCACUGACCUCAUUGGACGUUAGUGAUAAUUGCAUAAAAACCGUGCCAGCUGCGCUGUCGUUUCUUUCCUCGUUAUCAGUAUUGAAUCUGUCUGGAAAUGUUGGCAUUGAGUCGUUACCCCCAGAACUUGGUCUUUUAGGGAAAUUGUGGAAUUUGAAUCUGAAAGGAUGCUCACUUCGAGAUCCGAUCAGAAGUAUGAUAAAGGUUGAUAACUACAAAACGGUGGACUUAAUCGCGUAUCUGAAGUCGAUUUUAGAGGAGUUCGUUUUUCUUUUCUUCGUUUGUGUUUCUUAUAAGCAGAUAUUGUUUCGGUUGAAUCGAUGA